AUGUAUGCCAGAGCUGUAUGGGUGGAGAAGGGCAAGGAGAUGGAGGGCACAGUUCCCUUCAAUUGGAUCUACAUCAAGCUGAACGGGAGCCCAGAGGACGCCAGGGUGUUGGUGGUGAGAAAGUCUGAGGAGCUGGACAAGUUCAUAUUUCCACCCAUUAUUUUCCAGUUCCUUCUUCCUCUACAACAAGGAUGGGUUUCAAGAACGAUCCUCCCCACUGAGAGCGAGGUGGCGUUCACAGAGGUCCCGGUCACAUCAAUCCCCCCCACAGAGAGAGAGGUCCCGUUCCCGUCAAUCCCCCCCACAGAGAGAGAGGUCCCGGUCCCGUCAAUCCCCCCCACAGAGAGAGAGGUCCCGUUCCCGUCAAUCCCCCCCACAGAGAGAGAGGUCCCGUUCCCGUCAAUCCCCCCCACAGAGAGAUAG